AUGGACGGCAUGGAGUUCUUCUUCGAGGAUUCUGGAGCUGGGCUCGUGCCGCGCUUGGACGGCGGUGACGUCCUACGAGAUUUAGUUGCCGGCGUGGACCUGCCUGGUGGCGGCACCAGUUGGAGUGCUGACGCUGACGAGGUCUUGUCUUCUUCUCUGCCGAUGGGGCUAGUCGGAGGACUGAAGGAUUAUGAAGGGCGCGAGGAUACGGGUGAAACAAUGCUCACUCGGAGGGGGCGCGGCUCGUCUGAUCUUGGCGGCGAAGGUGUGGGCGACUCCUGCGAGAUAGGCGAUACAGAAGUUGCAUCUGGCGUCGAGGAUAACGAUACAGUCGAAGAGGGCGUCGCAGUGUCAAACGCAAAUCAGUCUUGUUGGACCAAGAGGGUUAGAGUUGGGAAAGUGGCUGAUGUGAGGGAGCCUAGCUCUUCGAGGAUGACUGCCCUUGAAGCUUCUGUCCGUGCAUUUGUCGAUAAAAAAUCUAGAAAUGUUGUCAAUCCGUCUAUUGGGACUAGCUUUGAUUCUGUCGAAGAGGGCUACGAGUUUUACAAUCUGUAUUCAUGGGAGGUCGGUUUUGGUGUCCGCUAUGCAAAAAGCCGUUUGAAUGUACACCAGAAAAAGUGCAUGCAAGAGAUAGUGUGUGCCUGUGCGGGUAAGCCAUUGCAGGCCAACAGUCGGUCAACGAGGUGUGGCUGCAAUGCCAUGAUAAGACUGCUGAGGUCGGAUGAUGGUGGAUGGUAUGUAUGUGAGCACAACUCGUUCGAUGGAAAUUGCAAUAGUUGA